AUGGACACCUCUGGGACCCCGGCACCGACCGCCGCCCCGGGCCCGGGUAGGAAGGAGCUGAAGAUCGUGAUCGUGGGCGACGGCGGCUGCGGCAAGACUUCACUGCUCAUGGUUUACAGCCAGGGCUCCUUCCCCGAGCACUACGCCCCAUCCGUGUUUGAGAAGUACACAGCCAGCGUGACCGUGGGCAGCAAGGAGGUGACCCUGAACCUCUACGACACCGCCGGGCAGGAAGACUAUGACCGGCUGCGACCCCUGUCCUACCAGAACACCCAUCUCGUGCUCAUCUGCUAUGAUGUCAUGAACCCCACCAGCUAUGACAACGUCCUCAUCAAGUGGUCCCCUGAGGUCACACAUUUCUGCCGUGGGACCCCCAUGGUGCUCGUGGGCUGCAAGACAGACCUGAGGAAGGACAAGGAGCAGCUGCGGAAGCUCCGGGCGGCCCAGCUGGAGCCCAUCACCUACCUGCAGGGCCUGAGCGCCUGCGAACAGAUCCGAGCCGCCCUCUACCUGGAAUGCUCAGCCAAAUUUCGGGAGAACGUGGAGGACGUCUUCCGAGAGGCCGCCAAGGUCGCCCUCAGCGCACUGAAGAAAGCACAGCGGCAGAAACACCGCCACCUGUGCCUGCUGCUCUGACCCCCUCCAGGCCGGGCACGUGGCCCCCAGGACGCGGCUGACGGGCCCUCAUCUCCGGGCCACCCCGCAGGGUGCUGCCCCAGCCCCAGCUCUCCAAGGGCACGUGGAGUUGGGCGUCUCCAGCGCCUGCUGUCUGGAGCCUGCAGCAAGACUCUUAGGACAUUCUGGAACUCUCUGCUUUCCCAGUUGGCGCUCUGGCCAUGAACUCUGGAGCUGUGGCCUGCAAGCCAGUAGUUGAGGGUGCUGGACUCAGUCCCGUUGCACCCUGGAACUGGCAUUUGUCCCCAGGACUCUGGAGUGUCUUCCUCACACCCUUCCCCCAGCCAUGCGCAUCCCCCUUCGCAUACCCAACAGGUCCUCAAAGCCUGUGCUCGAAACGUCAGACACUGGUGUGUGGUUGAGUGUGGACUUCACAGCAACUGGCCAGGGCCCCCAAGCCUGCUGCUCCCUGGGCUCACGAGAUAGACUCAGCUGCAUCCCCCAGCCCCUGGCUUCCUUCCCCCGGGAACUCCCGGCCAUGAUGGGAUCAGGCCUAUCAGGACCACACAGGCAACAGCCCCGGACAUGGGAGCUGGCAACCCGCACCCCACUCCCUCCGCCCCACUCAGAGGACUUUAGUAGCAACCUUUGGCUUGGCUGACAUCUUUCCAGAGCUAGACACA